UGUGUGUGGUCCCCUCCCGCUCCACUGUGACUGUCUCUCUCUCUCUCUCUCUCUCUCUCUCUCUCUCUCUCUCCCCUCUCUCCUGUGGCCUGACUCUGUCCCCCCGUUGGGGGGCAGCGGGCCCCUCCUGUAUCUCUCUCUGUCACGUGCCUGCAGCUGGAUCUCUCUCCUCUGUGACGGAGCUACCAGACUCAGCUGUGUGUGUCAGAUAACGUGUCGGUCUUUAAGCUGAUGGACGUUAACAUUACAUUCUUGACCACUAUUUCAAAGACAAUUAGAAAGAAAACAAAUUUAUGUAACUCAAAUAUUACUUUUUUUUUUCCACAAAUAGGCCAAACUAUAUUUCAUUACAGGGCAGGAUGGUAUCAGUCAAUCAAUCAAUCAAUCAAUCAAUCAAUCAAUCAAUCAGUCAGUCUGAUCGUUGCAACCUAUGAACAUAUUGAGUGACUUCAUUUAAAUGAACAUGUUUCUGUUGAACAUAUUUGGAGGUAAAAGUCUCCGUUAAUAAAAAACAAACUAAUAAAACGUAUAUAUUGAUUAUAUUAUUGAUCAUUUUAUAAUCGAUCAGUUCAAUCACUAAAACUUAAUUUCAUUACAUUGAGUUUGAUAAACUGUUUACAGAGUGCUCCUCUUCCUCCUCCUCCUCCUCCUCCUCUCUGUGUGUUUCUGAUGAAACUCUGCAGACUGUUUACCUGCUGGAGGAGGAAGAGGAAGAUGAAGAAGAUGAAGAAGAGGAGGAACAGUCACUACUGUCAGUGUAGUUGUUGCUACUGUUGUUCAAUUUCAGUUCAAUUUUAUUUGUAUAGCACUAAUUCAUAACAGAAGUUAUCUCAGGACACUUUUCAAAUAGAGCAGGUCUAGACCGAACUCUUUAUAACAUUAAUUACAGAGACCCAACAGUACCACCAUGAGCAAGACCUUGGAGACAAGGGCAAGGAAAAACUGCCUGUUAAAAGGCAGAAACCUAGGACAGAUCCUCUAGGUAGGGGGAGAGAGAGAGAGAGAGAGAGAGAGACAGCUGGGAUGUCGAGGUUGGAUACAGUACAGUCUGGUUACUCGGUGUGUUUGCAGAGUCUGUCCAGAGGAAGGGAAUCAUAGAGUCUGGAUUAUGGAGAAUACAGUUCUAUAAAGGUAAAUACUCAGCACGGUCACCACCAGCUCCAUCCACUGGUCUCGUAGUUCAGAAGAAGGUCCAGAGGAUCAGAGUGAAUCUGGACUGGAACAGAGGAAAGCUGUCGUUCUCUGAUCCUGAUACUAACACACACAUACACACCAUCACACACACUUUCACUGAGAGGAUGUUUCCAUACAUUAACACUGUGAAUAAAGUGAAGAUAUUACCAGUGAAGGUCAGUGUGACAGUGGAACAGAGCAGUUAGAGAUAAAGAGGAUGAUUAUAUUCAUCAGUUAUUUAUUUGGCCUUUUGUUGGCUCUAUUGAUAGUGACAGCUGUAGAGAGACAGGAAAGGUGGGUGGAGAGAGAGGAUGACACGCAGCAAAGGGCUGCAGGUCAGAUUUGAACCUGUGCCGCUGCAGCAACUCCGUAUAUGGGUCACCAGCUCUACCAACUGAGAUAACUGGGCGCCCAUAUUCAUCAUGUUUUAAAGGUAAAAGUCUCUGAAUAGUAAAAUGAUCUUUUAUUAAAUGUGUAUGUGUGAGGGACGAGUACAGAGACACUGACAGCAGCAGAAACAGUGUCCAAUGUACACGUGUAUAUAGCGGAAGCUCCUCAACAAUGAUUACUAAAUACUGACUCUCAUAUCUUCAAAUUGUCUCAAAGAAGGAAUCUCCCAAACCCUCAGUGACACCCAGUCAGGAUUUAUGAGAGGUUGAUCAAUGUAUAACAACGAGCACCGAGUCCUAGACCUGCUUGAAUACAGUGAUUAUAUCAAUGAUGAUGGCUUUAUUCUUUGUCUGUAUUUGUAUAAAGCUGUUGACGUGGUAGAACAGAUCUUUGGAACUGAGUGGCUUUAGAGAGAAUUUCAGAAACGUAAUGAAAUGCUUUUAUCACGACAGCAACAGCUCAAUAUCUUUAUCAGGUGGUUCUUCCCCUCGUUUUACAGUGAACAGAGGUAGAAAACAAGGCUGUCCAAUUUCACCAUCACUCUUCUUAGUGGCAGCGGAAAGGCUCUCAGUUCUUAUCAAAAGUUCACAUAUUGUAACCAGAUGUGUUGUAACUCAGAUAAUGCAGACCUUGUGCUCAUGUUUUGGAAAUGUACAGAUUGAAGUUUUUUGGAACAACCGUUAUAAACAUAUAUCAGAAAUACUGCAGACAGUAAUUACACUGGACCCCCCAAUAUCUAUUCUGGGUGAAGCAGAAAUGCUCAAAGAGAUUAAUAAUGAGGAGAAGAAACUAAUAUGAUUAAUAAUGACAGCAGCAACAAAAUGUACAUUAACUAUUGUCAUAUUGCCCCCCAGAAACAAUCCUGUACAAUGUUAAAGGGCAACCAAUGAAAUGUGACAGGAUGUGGGGCAAACUUGUUCCCAAUAUACAAACAAUAGAGGGGCAGUUAUUGCUAUAGAUAUAUACAUUUGUGUAUGAAGUGAGGCUGUGAUUGAUUGUUGAUAUUAAUGACAGUCUGACAGGAAGCUGGAGGAGCUGCUCUGUGAUUGGUGGAUGGGACUGCCGCUCCGUGUGACCAAUGAGCGAGCAGCAGAGUGUGUAUAUGAGCCCGGGUUGAAGCUCCGCUGCGGUAUUACGGACUGUGAGAAGAUGUCUGGAAGAGGUAAGGGAGCCGGAAAGGCCAGAGCAAAGGCAAAGAGCCGUUCAUCCCGUGCCGGACUCCAGUUCCCCGUCGGCCGUGUCCACAGGCUGCUGAGGAAGGGAAACUACGCUCAGCGUGUCGGUGCCGGAGCUCCGGUGUACCUGGCCGCCGUGCUGGAGUACCUCACCGCUGAGAUCCUGGAGUUGGCCGGAAACGCCGCCCGUGACAACAAGAAGACCAGAAUCAUCCCCCGCCAUCUGCAGCUGGCCGUCCGCAACGACGAGGAGCUGAACAAACUGCUCGGGGGAGUCACCAUCGCUCAGGGAGGCGUCCUGCCCAACAUCCAGGCCGUCCUGCUGCCCAAGAAGACCGAGAAGGUCGCCAAGAAGUAGAGACCCGGACCAGACCCGAACCCAGACCCGGACCCGACCCGAGACACCACAACGGUUCUUUUAAGAGCCACAAACCUCCGAUACAGAGCCACAGUCCUCUCUAAUAUUUAUAGAUCCAUAAACAGAUAUUUAACUUCUUUAUAUAUAUUUAUAUAGACCAACAGUUCUACACUAUAAUGUGUCUUUAUAAGUUAAUAAAUAUAUGACUUUAUUUAAUAAGUAGAAUAUAACUUUAUAUUAUCAACUAUCAGCUUUAUUUAAUAGUAAUAACUAAUUUAUUAACAGAUACAGUUCAACAUAUAACCCACCAAACUUUAUAUUUAAGAGUAGUCAGAUCAUUAUUUAUAUAUAUUUAAUAAGUUAAUAUAUGAUCUAUAACUUUAUAUAUGAUCUCAGUUUCUUAAACAGUAAUUAAUGUUUGUAAUAACUCUUUGUAGAGUCUGCAGUUCCAGUUUACAGUAACUGACGCACUUUAUUAACAUUUCUCUUUCACUUGUUUCUACAUUCAUUUAAUAUUAAUAUCCAUAUUUUCACUUUUAUUCAACAACUUUAAAUCUGUUUUUAUUUCUCUAUAAUUUAUAUGGAAACUAUAUAUUAUAUAUAUUAAUAAUAAUAAUAUAUAGAUACAUCAGGUCAUCAAUAACAUCAGAGAAACUGAUCAAUAGGCAGUAUUAAUAUCUGUUAUGUCCAGUUCCUAAGGGGUUAACAGCUCUAAUACUUCUACACAUUUAAAGUUAAACUCUGUGCUGCUGACUCGUCAUUAUUAUUAUUAUUAUUCAAAUAAAACAUGAAAUCAUAUUAAAGCCAACAACAUGUAUUGAUCGAUACAUGUUCCAGGCUAUAGAUUGUUAUAUAUUGUGGAGCAGUGUAAACAUUAAUAUAAGAUAUAUUUCACCCUGAUAAAAACAAUCCAACAUCAGUCUACCUGGAAUAAAAAAGAACAGCGACACCGAUAGAUUGAACACUCUUACUAUAAAUGAAUAUACAGAGAGUGUAUAUUAAUAAAAGCACUGAGGUGAUAAAUGAUGGAUAAAGUCAGAACCUGUGGACUUCCUGUUAGAGCUGUUGUAUAACAAUGAGACACAACAGAGAGCGGGAAGUUAAACUAAAAUAUAAUCCUGUUUUUCCUUGAUGAUGAUGAUGAUAAUAUGAUGAUAAUAAUAAUAAUAAUAAUAAUAAUAAUAACAAUAAUAACAAUUAUUAUUAUUAUAAUUAUAAUUCGGUAUGUUUGUAUGUGUUCAGAUUUGCUAUGAUUAUAUAUCAGACUGUUAUUGACAGUAAGACUGUAAUUAAAUAGUCAAUUAACCUC